GCGUGUGGUACACCGGCUCUUUUCCCCCCUUUUUGGGGGCUAACGAGGGGUUUCUUGAUGUAUUAUUCAGGGACAGCAAGCUCACCAUGCUGCUGAGUGAAUCCCUGGGCAACAUCAACUGUCGAACCACCAUGAUCGCCCACAUCUCCGACUCCCCAGCCAACUACAUGGAGACGCUGACCACGGUGCAGCUGGCCUCCCGCAUCCACCGCAUGAGGAAGAAGAAGUCAAAGUAUGCCUCCAAUUCAUCUGGAGGGGAAAGUUCCUGUGAGGAAGGCCCGUCCCAUAGACCUCCUCAUCUUCGACCCUUCCACCCUCGGACCAUUGCCCUGGAUCCAGACACACCUCUUCUUCUCUCCAGCGAUCCUGACUAUUCAUCAAGCAGCGAACACUCCUGCGACACCGUCAUCUACGUCGGACCUGGAGGGGCAGCCAUCUCAGACAGAGAAUUGAGCGACAAUGAAGGACCGCCUUCUUUCGUUCCAAUCAUCCCCUCUCUGAACAAAUUGCGAGUCAAGGAUGCACCCAGGUCUGAUGGCAACCACUUGAAGUGUAACACCUUUGCAGAGUUGCAGGAGAGACUCGACUGCAUUGAUGGCAGUGAGGGCCCUGCAACAUUUGGUACAGAGGGCAAAACAACACUUGUAGUCGGGUUUGGGACUCAAACUGGAGCUGGAGCAGUUUCACCACCAACAUCUGACAAGAACUCCUUCAGGUUCUUGGAAAGCACACCAACCCAAACAAAUAAACCUGAUCAAGACCAACACACAUUUGUUUCAGUCAGAGGAAUAGUAGAAACUUCCAAGAGGACAAGUGCAGAUGGGGAGAAACUUUCAGCAAGCCACCUUCAGCCAUGUGUGGUAAAGCCCAGUGGAAGUUUGUCUAAGGACUCAGAGCCUGUAGUUCGAGAGAAGGUCUACCUAAAAGGAGGUUUACCCAAACCAGCUGCUUCAACACCCUUAUCUUGGACCGACCCGGCAGCAUCUCAGUGUGGAGAUGUUGUUGGUAGGACUCCACCUGUGGGAAUGAGUCAACAAGCACUGAGGCAAGGCCAGCCCGCUGGGUCUGCUUACACCGAGAGGGUCCCUCUAACAACCAGAGGCCACAUGGAGUUCAACAACCUCCGGGCAGCUCUGUUAGGAAGAUGCCUUGACAGGGAUAUCCAGAGGACGACUGUUACUCUUCAGCAGCCUGUGGAGUUGAAUGGGGAAGAUGAGCUUGUGUUCACUGUGGUUGAGGAGCUUCCUUUUGGCCUUGUCCCAGACAAUGGCCGACCAUCCAACCUCCUCAGCUUCAACACAGACUGCUCCUGGCAGGCCGCAGCAUAUGGCUCGCGCCCUGUAAGCAUUAUCAGCAGUAUUAACGAUGAGUAUGAUGCAUUCACAUCUCAGCAAGGAGCUGUUGGACCUGGGCCACAUGUUGGAACCAACUGCCAGGAAACUUGGUUUUCCCAGCAAGGUAACAGUCAGCCAACUAUCGGCUCAUGGGCAAGUGAAGUGAAUGCUCUUUCAGAAAGUGAAGGCAUACAUUCAAAAGACAGACUUAACUUAAGGGACAAAAACAUGACAACAGAGACUGCUUCUAGUUUAACCUCACCAAGUACAUUUCAUAAACAGCCCUUUCUGCAACAAGGCAUCAAGAGUUCCCUGCAUGACAGUGGCAUCUGUUUCUCAGAGCUGGCUAGUGACCCUGCUACUCCAAACAAAUCUUCUUUCUCCAAAUGCCAUGCCUCCCUUGACCCAAACAAGUUCUCUCUUAAAGACCCUCUUAAAGCGAGACGAAAUACUCUGAACACUUCAACAUCAGCCUCGAUUCCCCCUCGCACCACCCAUUCCAGUCUUCCCAGGAAAACCAAGCCUACCUCAUCUGCAACUGUGGGCUGCAGCAGACAGGAAGGCAGACAUGAUAACUUUUCGCUUCAGGGAAGCAGAUAUUUUGAAUCCAGAGAGGUUGAGUUUCUCUCUGCAGGUAAGCCAAGAAGUGGCACAAGUAGUGCUUCCCCUAAGAGGCCAGGACUGAACAGUAACAGCGUUCCUCGGCCACCAAAGGCACAAAUGUCUCAGUCAACCCAGAGGAUUGUGGAUGGUUGUGAAAGGGCCAGCAGCAGGAAAUCAGAUACCCUCAUCAAACUGCCACGUCUUACCCGGGGUGCAACAACUCUUGGUACUGUUUCUACUCCCCAGAGUUCUGAGUCGACGUUGGGUCCUGAAAGCCCUUCAGUGUCAGGUACCCUCAGAUUUUCAUCACUGGGAAAAAAGUCAAAUGGGCAAAAAAGCAGCAUGACCUCUAAGGCUGGAACUGGAAACAUCUCUCCUCCUGCUCAACCUGUCAGACAGUCAAGCCAAGAACAAAAGACACGGACUGUGCUAUCGCAAAGUGCCUUAAAAACAAGCAGUGACUUAGGUAAAUCCAUAUUCCCUAAGACGUCAACCUCAGAGGAAGAAUUUACCCUCAGACUCCGGGCUGAAUCAUUCAGCCACAGGACUUGUGGUUUAAAAACUGAACAUGGCUUUGCCAGGACAUCUUCAAGCCUGAGGACCCGAGGUGCCAAAGCAGAGUCCUCCAUGUACUACGGGAGUCUGAUGUCUCUGGAGAGAUGUGACAGUCAAACGUUAACAGGAUCUAAGCCUGAACUCUUCAGGGAGAACAGCGGUGCUACUCAAGGAGGCAGCAACAAGUCCAACAGAUCAGUGCCAAGACUUGGAGUUCCAGCCUCUGACUCUACAUCUGUCCUAGGUGUUACAGGUUUCACUGGACCCACAAGCAAACUUGGGCAGAUCAAAGGGAAUAGCAGCUCACGUCCAGCAGCAGUUUCUGGGGGAGCAAAGGUUCGAACUUUGUCUGCAAGCAGUUCCAAGAGUCUGAGCUCUGAAGCUGGCCGCCCCACCAGCCUACCCCCUACUGGGAAGUCCCCAGCUCGUUCAGGUAUAGGAGCCAAGAUGGGAAGAGGCACCAUCAUGGGAACGAAGUACGCCAUCAGCAGGGCGGCAAACAGUCGGGUCAGCGAGCUGGUCACUGGGAGCCAAAGGAAGCAGCUCGGCCGGGGUUCUGGACUAACAGAAAAUGAUGGCACUGACAGCAGAACCAGUAGUGUUAGCGGCUCGCCAAACAGCACAUUGCUUCCCUCACCUUACAGCAAGAUCACUGCACCUCGGAGGCCACAGCGCUACAGCAGUGGGCAUGGCAGUGACAACAGCAGCGUCCUCAGCGGGGAGCUACCCCCCGCCAUGGGCCGUACCGCCCUGUUUGACCACAGCGGGGGGAGCAGCGGCUAUGAGAGUAUGAUCCGAGAUAGUGAGACCACCGGCAGCACCUCUUCAGCGCAUGACUCGAUGAGUGAGGGUGGAGUGUCCUCGUCCAAUAGAAGCAGAGUUUCUAAAUCACCCAAGAAGAGAGGAAACGGUUUCCAGAGGCGUCGUCUGAUCCCCGCCCCCCUCCCUGACACCUCGUCUCUUGGCAGGAAGGUAGGGGGUCAGUGGGUGGAGCUGCCGUCGCUGGGCGGGGCCCUGAAGGAGCCCUUUGAGAUCAAGGUGUACGAGAUCGACGACGUGGACUGCCUGCAGAGGAGGAAGGAGGUGACGACGGGGUCAGAGCCGUUCCAUGAUGUUGAAAAGGGUCUUCUUUACUUUAACGCUCGGCUCAGGAUGUUGGAGAAGCGUCAGCAGCAGAUCAGAGAUCUGAGGAGUAAACAGGAGAGUCUGCAGGAGGAGCUGGAGGAGGCCAAGAGCUGUUUGAUGCUCCACCCCGACAGGUGGAGCGGAGAGUUCGACGUAGACCAGGACCUGGACCCAGAGUCCCAGGAGUACCUGGAGGCUCUGGCUCAGGUCACGGCAGAGCUCGAGGACUGCGUCAACCUCUGCAAGUCCCGGGUCAUGAUGGAGACCUGCUUCGACAUCGCCGUGGCACCAGCCAACGCCGCCACGCAGGGAGGACAGCAGGAGGUGGAGGUGUGACAGGAAAGACAACCUCCCCUCUGUACAUCUGUCCCGGUGGACACAUGUGGUACUGCAACAGAAAUAUCUCUAAUCACCUUUUAUUCAUUAAGAGACGGACGGAGACGCUGCAGCAAGAGCAUCAGAGUUCUAACCCAAAUCUGAACAAGGAAUCAAGGUGGUGAUCCACAUCCAAAUCCAGAUCUGUGAUUCUGGAGUGAAAGCUGAGUGGAACAGGGUGCUGCCCCCUGCUGGCAGAUUUUUCAUCCAGUUGCUUCAAAACAGGAAGAGGCGUCUUUAAAGGUCACUAUUUCAAAUGGUUUUACUGUGAACGCAGAACAUGAAGGACCAGGUCGUGUUUAGAAACCACACUGUUCAGGACUCAGAGACCAGCUGCUGCUACUGGAUCAGAUCAGAGAGUGAGAAGACGAAGAGGAGGAAAGUUCUGGAAGUGCCUUUAUAUUUAUUCUCUGAGUUCAAACACGUAUUCAUGUUUUUAUAUUUAUUCUCGUGUCUGAUCCGUUCUGAUGGUCGGUGUGUGAGGAGGAGCAAACACUUCUUUAGAUUCAAACCUCACUAGAUUCAUUUGUUGCACACUGGACCAUUGUAGGCCCCUCCCCCAACCACCGGGGGGCCGUUGCCUGAUUAUUUGUCCAAAGAAGCCUCCGGUGUUUGACGUCACUGCGAUCGUUUGGGAGCCUUCCCGGUCUGGAUUCAUAAAUCUCAGACAUGUUGGAGGUUUCCACGUCGGGCGGGCUCUGACUGAACACCUGCAGCUGCCAAUGAGAGCAAGCAGACUGGUAGUGUCACUAAACACGGUCCUCUUGUCUGUGGUCUCGUGUUUUAAACAUCGUCUCUGAGCGUCCAUCUUCACAGACGUUUGUUUAUAUCCCGAUGUUUCUGCUGCUGUUCUCAGAGUCCUAACUCCGUUAAAUAUCAACCAACAGAAAUGUGGACGCUCGUACUUUCAGAUCCCAUGUGAUUUUAUAUUUCUGACGCUCGGCUGAUCAAAACAACUCCAACAGGAUCAGAACGGAUCUGAUCUUUAAAAAACAAAGAUGACGUCAUCUGUAGUUUAAUCUCUUUCCAGGGCUGAGAAAUAUCGUUCAAUCUGCUCCAUAAAUCUGCAGAACUCUCCUGAGACGUUCAUGUUUUUAAACUGUGCGAUAGAUGUCCGUUCAUCCACUUGUUAAACCGCUAACGGGAGAUGCUAACGGCUAAUUCAGCUAAUGCUCAGAUUAAAAGAACUGCACACACAGUCAGUUCAGAUGGUUCAGCUAAACCCACCCAGUCCAGCCGGAAACUCAUUCAGUUUAAAGAGUUCAGACUCACAGCUCGUGUCUGUUUCAUUCAAACCUCGUCGUGACAUUUCAGUUCUUCUCUUCUGGUCAGAUUAAAAGCACACACAGUCAGUUCAGAUGUUUGAGCUAAAGCUGAAGUAUGCUAAGCUAACGGUUGAUACAGACAUCAGAGCAUGUGGAUAAAGGUAAAAACGACGUCGCAGGGUUUGACAUACUUUAUUCUUCUCACUGAUCUUCUUUCUUUCUCCUCGUUUGAACUCUUUAACGUUCUCAGGCUCUUUUGAAACUUUCUGCAUGAAAACUUUUCUUCGUUUUAAUCGCUGACGUCUUGAGUUUGAUCUUUGUUUCCGACAUCUUUGUUGCAGAAGAAGACAAAGGGGAGUUUUGCAUCUUUUUUAACUGAUUUUGCUCCCAGUGAGCUUUAAUAAUGAAUUCAGACUUUUUUAUUUGUUUUGUACUGUACAGUUUUAUAAUUAUUUAUAAAGACAGGAUUAAAGAGGAAGAGAGAUAAAGGGUAAAGGACGAGCGACGUGUCAAACAUGAUCAUAAAGAUUAAAGUCUUUGAUUUUAAAAA